AUGGAGGCGCAGGAGUUGGGUGAGAUGAUGGCCAGCUUGGAUGAGGCCAUGUUCGCACUAGAUGGUCUGAAGCUGCGGCAGCCAAUCAGGGUGCAGAGGUCAGCUGCCACGUCACUGGCGUCCAUCUGCUCGGCUGUGGACCGCCGUCGCCUGCUGCGCUCGCAGGGGCUAAUAAAGCAGAUCAUGGAUGCUCUUCUGCUUCUCCCAAUAACGGAUCAUCCUCUUGCGCUGGCCGCUGCCUCUAUUUUUUUCUUCGUCUCCUCUGAUGACGUGGAAAGCGACUUCCCAGACCCGUCCCAUGCGCUCAGCUUCCUUCUAGCCCUCUUGAAACACCACAGCGCCCCCGCCCCUCCACCUGCCGGCCCAGGCUCUCGUCCCGCACCUGCAUCUGCAUCUGCUGCCACUCGCGACCCAUCUCCUCCUGCCAGGGCAAGAUUCAGCUGGCGAGAAUGCCCUGUCAAGGGGGGGGAGAGGCGGGAGGCGGAAGCUGCAGCAGCAGCAGAGUGUAAGCGCGCCACAUCUGAUGCUUUGGAUGCGUCCGGGUUUCCCUUGGGGAGUCGCUACGAACGGCUCACUGACAAGGAGCAUGCCUCUUCUCCUGUUCAUUGCUUCACCAGACAGCACCCUGCCGCCCUUCUCCACCGGUGGGCCUGGGCGGCAUCAGCUCAUGCGAGUGGGGCUCAAGGACGAAAUGCGCCGCCUGGGAGGGCUGCAACUGGUGGCGGCCGUGGCUGCCAGGCACAUGCUGCAGCUGGCACGCUCUACACUCCAGGUGGCGUGGGAGAGGAAGCAGCAGCAGGAGAUGUCAAAAGGCAGAAGCUGGGGAACAAGGAGCAUGCACUCGGACUCAAGAAGAAGCACCACUUGCAGCAGCACCACAAGCGGAUGGGUGGCUCUGAAGCAGCAGUAGCAGCAUCAGCAGCCAACGAGGGACUGACAUUUGGCGGAAGAAUCUCCGCCAGUGCGGAUGUGGCGACGAGCUGUUUGGGCGUGUUGGAGCAUGUGACGUUCAUGAGCCGCGAUAACCAGGACUAUCUCAUCCACCUCUCCUUGCCCACCGACACUCUACCUGGAGCAAAGCGAAGAAAGUUGUCCGGCUGCCACACCGCCUCUCCCGCUGCCGUGCCCCUCGUGGCCACAGUGGCCUCGAGUGGGGUUCUAGGGGAAGGGAGGGGAGUCAGCAGCAGUGAGCGGCCAUUUCUUGCUCUCCUGUUGGAGUGCGUGGAACGCCUUGCAGGUGGUGGGGCCGUUCAUGGCUCAAGGGGCAAGGAGAGCGCUAGCUCUUCAGGAACAGAUUCCGAGGGGGAUGAGGGUAGAGCAGUGGGAGGGACAGUGGGGGCCAGGGGUGGGGGAAAGGUUAUUCUGGGCGAUGCUGUGCCUCUGGACUUGGGGCGAGAGGAGGGGAGUGAGGAGGGCGAAGAGGGGAGUGGGGAGGACGAGAAGGGAAGUGGGCGAAAUAGGAGGAAGAGAGUGUGUGGGGUGGCUGCAAAGGGGAAGUCUGGUGGGGGGAGGAGAGGGGUCCAGGCAGGUGGCAAGGAGAGGGCAUCCGCAGACCCGUUUUCCUUUGACCCAUGGGAGGAGGAGGGUACAGGGAGGGUUGCAGGGAAGAUUGCAGGGAGGGUUGCAGUUAGUGCUGCAGGGAGGGCAGGUGCAGGGAAGAGCAGCAGCGUUGAUAAGGGGCAGCAGGGAAAGGCGUCUUACACUUCGGGCGCAAGGCGUAGUGCUGUGAAGGAUGUUGUGCAAGAGCAAGAGCAGGGUGUAAUGCUGGGAGAGGCAGUGGAGGGGGAUUCUGAUGAGGAGGAGGGAUGGCGAUAUUGCAAGAAUGGUGCUCAUCUCAUGGAGGUCAGGCAUGGUGCUGUGGUGCUGGGGAAAGAUGUGUCGGCAACAGAAGAGGACCAGGAGAAGGAGGGGGAAGGGGAGGAGGAUGGGGAAGAGGGAGGGUUGGGAAUCUGCAAGGAUCGCUGUGGUGCAGUCGGGGCUCGCUGUGGUGCAGUCGGGGCUGGCAGUGGUGCAGUCGGGGCUCGCUGUGGUGCAGUCGGGGCUCGCUGUGGUGCAGUCGGGGCUCGCUGUGGUGCAGUCGGUACAGGAGGAGCAAUUGUAUUGGGCGAGGCGGUAGGGGAGGAGCAGGAGGGCUCUGAUGAGGGGGGGUGGGAGGAAUCUGGAUUGAGUGGCAGGGGAAGGCACGGGCGAGCGAGUGGUGCGAUUGGGGGCGGUUCAGGGGUGAGAGAGGGCGGUGAUGGACGGCUGGGGAGGAGUGUGGGAGUGUUGAAGGAUCCAUAUGAGUUUCUCAUGGACUCACAAGUGGAGGAGGAGCUAUUAGUGGGGGAGGUGCAGUUGUUGGGGGGGGAUUGGGGGGGGAUGGGGGGAGGGGAGGGGUGUGGGAAGGGGCGGGGUGGUGUGUGUGGGUCGGGGAUAAGGCUGGGGGAGGAGGUGGAGGGAUGGAGCAGUGGGAGUGAUGGUGAGGGUGGUGGAUUUUGUAGGCAUGCAUGCGUGGGGGGGAAUGCGAGGAAGGUGCAACAUAGGAGGGAACAAAAUGGGAGGUCGCAAAACGGGAGGGCUCACGGCAAGAAGAAAUGGGAGGAGAAGAGGCAAAGGAGGCAUGGGGAGGGCGAGAAGGAUCACCAGAACGGUUUGUCUACAAGGAAUGGUUCCAGAAAUGGUGCUUGCAACAGGAGACAGGGUGGUUGCAUUGGUGGUGGUGGCGAUAGUGAUGGUGAUAGUGAUAGUGAUAGUGAUGGUGAUGGUGAUGGUGAUGGUGGUGGAGAUGUGAAAGAGAGGCUGUCAGUGCGGUCAAGGGCAGGCCGGCGGUUUGUGCUGGCAGCAUGCAAGGUGCUCAUGAACGUCACCAACCACAGUGCAGAGGGGUGCAGAGCGGUGGCAGGGGCGCAUGGGAUCGCUGUGGUGGCGUCUCUGGUUGCAGCCUGCUGCUCUGACCUCUGCUGGCAGCAUGCCCUGGCAUCUGCUGGGGCCCUGUCUCUGGCUGCAGGAGAGCCAGCUCUGGCAGCAGCUCCGGCAGCAGCUUCGGCAGCAGCUUCGGCAGCAGCUUCGGCAGCAGCUUCAACAGCAGCUUCGGCAGCAGCUUCGACAGUUCGCACAGGCCAUGGGUCCGAGGGAACUGAGGCAGUGACAGCUGGAGCGUGUGGGUUGGACGAUGGAGUGCAGGGGAGGGGGAAAGGGGCAAUUAAUGGGGGAGGGGAUGACAGGGGGGAGUGUGAUAAAGCUGAAAGGACUUGUGAGGGACGGGAAAGGGAGGGUGCAGGGAGCGGGGAAGGUGGGCACUGGGAAGGAGAUGGUGACGUGCUGGUGGUGCUGCUGGGCCUGAUAGUCAACCUGGUGGAAGCUGAUGGUGACGCCAGAUCCCUACUGGCAGCAGCCACUUGCACGAGGCGAAAGCAGGGCCAGCUGCACUCCAAGCAGCACAGAGCCAGAGACUACAGCAAAUACAGCACCCAGCAGCACAAGGCCCAUGGAGACAGCAUGCAGCAGCACAGUGCCACCAGCAGUGGGAGCGGUGGGCAAGAGCAGGCAGGGAGGGCAGAGGAGAGCGUGUCGAUGGUGUCCCUCCUGUGCGCCAUCUUUGCAUCUCGCCAAAAAAGCUCCGAGCAGCAAAAGAAGCAGCAGCUGCAGCAGCAGCAGCAGCAGCAGCAGCAGCAGCAGCAGCAGCAGCAGCAGCAGCAGCAGCAGCAGCAGCAGCAGCAGCAGCAGCAGCAGCAGCAGCAGCAGCAGCAGCAGCAGCAGCAGCAGCAGCAGCAGCAGCAGCAGCAGCAGCAGCAGCAGCAGCAGCAGCAGCAGCAGCAGCAAAAGGAGAGGCAGGAUUUCGCUGCCAAAUGUCAGAUUUCGGAGCGCUCCAGCCACGAGGAAAGGAGCGCGGCGGUGGUGAGAGGGAGUGAGGGUGCAGAAGAGAUGGGAAUGGCGGAGCAGAGGCGACUGGCGGAGCGGGAGGUGGAGGAGCUGCAGAUGAGCGUGCUGGGGCAGGGCGAGAUGGUGCUGCAGGUGGAAACGAUGGGAGGUGUGGGGACUGGAAAGGAGGAGAUGGGGAAGGCCAUGGGGGAGGAGAUGGGGUCGGGCGAGAUGGUGAUGUCGAUGAUGGUGGAGGGGGCAGUGGAGGCGGAGCAGCUGAUCAUGGAGUCACAUGCUGCUCUGCUGCUCGGAUUGCUGGCGCAGCACAGCGAGGCUGUCUGUCACUCCAUCUGCCGCCAGCUGCCAGGCUCCUCCCUCCACCCGCUGGCUCCUGUUCUGCGGCAAUUCAUGGCGUUCCAUGACAGUGUGGGAGCACUCACUGACGAGUCACGACAGCUGCUGCGCCAAGUCAUUGUCUUCUGUGCUUCUCACAAGCAGGUCUAG